CAAAUUUGAAAAUUCCUAUUUUUCAUCAACAAUAAUUGUGCGAUAAGCGAGACGUGUGCAUUGGCCACAAAACCGUAAUAUGUUGCGGCAAACGGAUAAGCGCGGUAAUGUCAGAAUGACGUUCACGUAGUUUUUCAUCAGGCUGUUAUUUCAGGGGAUGGUGAACGCGAUACAUUACGUGCAAGCUGAAUAUUUUCCAUUCGAUCAGACAGGACGGCAAAAUCAAUUCGACGCACAGUCGACCGCGCGUGGGUGUAAUGUAAAUAGCGAUUGGAGCAACAAUGGAGUCCCGCACUGUAUUCUCCUCUCGCAAGAAGGAUUCUGGGACCUUACAUUUUUAUGAUACCCAAGAGCGCUUUUCCAACCAACGAUACCCAGUUGAGAGCUUACUUUUCGCAAGUGGAAAUGGUUUUCAUUCCAACGUCGAUUUAAACGACGGUAUACAUCAUAAAUCAUGUAAAAUUUAAUCUUUGAGAAGCGCGUUAAUGAGUAAUUAAUGCUACCUUUCAAAAUUACUAGCGAUAGUUAGGACGCGAUUCUUCUCUUGUUAGAAAAAAAUUUAGCCUUGGAAAUUAUCUACGUUGCAACUUCAGCUUUAGUUACUCAAGAAAAUUUUAUCUCAUAAAGUUUUAAACCCUCCAUUGUUCUCGUAUAAGACAGACGCUCAGCUCACAUUCGAUUUUUUUUUAUUGUUACAGACAUAACAUAAAAAUUAACUCUGAAACUUUCUGACUUUUUAUCUACAACCUUCUAGAGUAUAUUUAUAACAUAGUUGUUUUCUCAAUUUCGUUUCGUACAAUUUUUGUUAAACUUCGAAAAUGUCGACAUAUCUGAGUCUGAGCGCAGUGCUUAUGACAAGAACAAAUACAUCUAGCUGAUAUGACCUGCGUUGUUGCUUAAAAUUGCCUUGAUAUAGAAGUGUCGAGAGUCGAGCGUCAAAACGUAUGCAGUGAUAUGUUUAAUAAUUUUCCUAAAGCUGUUUCAUUACCAAUAUUAAAAAUCUAUAGUUAACGUUACAUGUGCCGAAUAUUCCUGAGACAUUUGAUAAGAUAUGUCGAAUUUAACUUGCAACUUAGAUCAGGACCCAAAUAAAAUCUUGAUAUAUACCAGAUUCAGUGUAUCAAAUCCAAAUUAUUUAGGUCUUUCCCGUGUAACGGACAAAAAAAAUAAAUAAUUUGUAUAAAAAAAAUAAUUAAAAAAUUAAAUGUUAUAAUAAAAAAAUAUAGAUCUUGUAAAGACACAAAUAAUUAACGACAUUAUAUGAUUAUAGCUGAACCUUCGUGCUAAUAUUUUUAGUGUGAUUUUAUACACUAUAAUCUUGAGACUUUCGUGGCCAUUGAUUCUAUCGUUAUAAAAAAUUUCUGAAUAAAUAUCGCGUAUUGAAUCAACGUUGUGCCGACGUUUCGCAAACAUUGCAGUUCGCAUCAUCAAGGCUGGGUGCCUCUGAUACUACUAAGUAGCCCUUAGAUGCAAGUCCUGAUGAUGCAAGCUGCAAUGUUUGCGAAACAUCGGCAUAAACUAUUCCAGUACGUGGCAUUCCGGAAACAUUCCAUAAUGAUUUUAUAUUAUUUUGACAUUAUCGACGAUUAUACUUCUAGGACAAAAAUUAUGUACGGUGAAAAUCAGAACCGAAUUAGACCGCAUUCGAAUUUGAUCCGGCUAUGCACAUUCGAUUUCUUGAUAAGGAAUGUAACGAAUAAUUUAUUUGGCCCUGAUUACGUAUGCCGUUUCUGGCAUUGAUAUAACGGUAAGAAAGAUCUAUAUCGUUUACUAUUUUUAUUUCUAUUAUUAAUAGUUUUUUUUUUCGACGAUUAUGUCUGUGUAAUUUAAGAAAAUUAUAUAGCAACGUCGCCAUAAUAUUAUACAAUGGCACACUAGACGCGGCGCAGCGACGAAUCAUAAAAUGCUAUUAAAUAUACAGAAUGAGACACAAUAACUAUUACCACUUAAGUAUCUUCGAUAUUUUUAAAUAAUCCAAAUACACAAAUUAUAACUAAACAUAUUAAUAUUUCUUUUAACAAAAUUAAAAAAUAAAUUUUUUCGUUGCUGUAAAAAACCUUCCUUCUUAAAAUGUAUUCGCAUUUGAUUUAUACAAUACAAUUUAUAUAAUACAAAAUUAUAUAGUACAUAAAUUGACAGUAAAAACGCUUAAGGACUCAAAGCUGAAUGAUGUACGCUAAUUGUUUAUUUCGUUAACAUUUAUCGUACAGACAUUUUGGCGCAUGGGUUUCGGCCAUCAUAAAUGUACUCUAUGAAAAUAAUGGUUCAAUCAUCAGUUGAACAUAGUCUGUAGAUUUGAGUUAUGUCUAUAUUCAACUGUGACUGCGUACAGUUGGUGUGAAAACAAGCUGUGAUGAUAAUAUCAAAGAUGACUGGAUAUCUACAGAAUCGAUAACAAGUCACUUGACAAUUAAUUAAUUAAUGAAAAAUAAUUUUUUUUGUCUUUUUUAAAUUGUAAUUAAUUAAUUGUCAAAUGAGUUGUUAUUGUGUAUGGAAAUGAGUUAGUUAAUUAUAUAUGCAAGUAAUUUUCCGUUUUUCUUUUAUACGUACAUCAAAAUUUUUAACUUUGAUCGAUACUGUAGAUAUCCAAUCAUCUUUGAUAUCAUUAUCACAGUUUAUUUAUACAAAAAAACAUCUCGCCUUGAUUACCUAAUAAUGCACUAGACUUAAUUACGUAUUAUGUUCUUAGAAUACACUGAUGAUGGUCAGUAGGCACCAAGACACGAGUGAGUAAUGUUCGAUGAAUAACAUCAAACACAAUGCAAAAUGAAAUAGAGCAUGUUCAGUGAAAUCAAAACACAAUGCAAAAUGAAAUAAAGCAUGUUCAGUAAAUUCUGGAAAUAAUCAAUUCUUGGUAACGUUGUGAGUAAAGAAACAUCUUUCAUAAAAUGCGGUUGUUCACUAGAAUGUGUACAAGUAAAGCACGUCUUGAUGGCAAAACUGUUGUGAUAACGGGAGCAAGUGAUGGUAUUGGCAAGGAGACUGCUAGAGAUUUAUAUGCAAGAGGCGCUAGAGUAAUUCUAGCUUGUAGAAAUAUGGAGAAAACAAAUAAAGCAGUUGAAGAUAUAAAAAAUAAUCCACCUUCAAGGCUCACAAAAGAUGAAUAUAAGAAUAACGUAGGUGAAUUGGCAAUUUAUUUUCUAGAUCUAAGUAGUUUGAAGAGCGUAAGAGAAUGCGCUAAAAACUUGCUUACCAACGAAGCAGCUAUUCACAUACUUAUAAAUAAUGCCGGUGUUGUUGUUCCAAAUGUUCAAAAAACGAAAGACGGACAUGAGAUGACACUACAAGUCAAUUAUCUUAGUCAUUUUCUUUUGACACUUCUACUUUUGCCAAAAAUGCAAUUAUCUUCUCCCAAUUGCAGAAUAGUUAAUGUCUCAUCGAUUACACAUUUUACUGCUAACAUAGAUUUCGAUGAUAUUAAUCUGGAAAACCCUACACGACAUAGAAUUUUUACACGAUAUACAAAGUAUGCACGAACCAAACUGGCAAACAUUCUUUUCACUAAAGAACUCGCUCGUCGAUUGAAAGAAGCAAAUAUUCACGGAAUAAACAUAUACUCUUUGCAUCCUGGUUUAAUAUGGACCAACGUAUGGGACGAUGGCUUUACGCGAAUAUUUUUAAAUACGAUUAUUAGAUUUUUUCUAAAGUUAUUUUAUAUAAAUGUUGAAGAAGGAGCACAAACAACAAUAUAUUGUUCAGUGGAUGAAAAGACAGCUAACGAUACCGGACUUUAUUAUUCAAAUUGCGGUAUUGCAACUGCAUCUCGAAAGGCAAAUAAUUAUCAAUAUGCCAAAAAAUUAUGGAAUGUAUCCUGUCGUCUUUUAAAUUUAAAACCUGAAGAAGAUUUUACCACAUUCUUGGAAACCGUCUCACGUCAAAUGCUUUAGAAAAAUUUUUUAUUCUUACAUAAAGUAUCACGAAAAUGUUUAAUAAAUAAAAUGUUUAACACAUAACUAACUAUAAACACUAAUAAUUUAAAAAAAAUAUAUAUAUAUAUAUCAAUAUAUCUAUAAUAAAUACGUAAUGUAUUUUUUAUGGUAUUUUGAUCAUAUUGCUUAUAUUGUGUCUGUACCAUGUAAUUUCCGAAAAAUAAAUUUUUCUUACUCAUA